CACCGUAGAGCCCAGCUGAACGUUCCUUAUCGCCCCCUUAUCCUGCCCGGCGCCCCACUAAAAUUUCCUGACCCUCCUCCGAGCAUGCUCAUGCUCCGUCUCUCAAUCGGCGACGGCGCUCGCUCUGGAAAACAGCCCACCACGACAGCUUCCUCUCGCGCAAUUCCUAAUUGACGAUAUCCCCGCCGGCAGACCUCGCUCUCGACAAUCCGUGAGGCUUGCGACGACAUUCCGGGACACCCCCUAGCCGCGUGAUAAAAAACUACAACAGAAACCCGCCCUCUGCCGACCGACCGACCGGACGGCCUCUUUUCUGCGAACCACCUCGAGACCACCUGCGCGCCGCCCGCCUGCCUGCCUGCCACCGCCGCCGCAAGUCAAAACACAGCCGCCUCUACAGAACCCCCGCCCAAGAUGGGUGUAGCGAAGCGCACGAGAAAGUUCGGGCAGGUCAAGCGCAUCAUCUCGAAGCGCGACAACCGGCUCAAGGAGAACGCGGGCAAGGCCGACGCCGCCAACGCCGUCAAGGCCAAGCAGGCCGCGCCCGACAUCAUCCGCGAGAUCCCCCAGGCCCCGACGUCCAUGUUCUUCCAGCACAACGAGGCCCUCAAGCCGCCGUACUCGGUCCUCGUCGACACAAACUUCCUCUCGCACACGGUCCAGCGCAAGCUGCCCCUGCUCGAGUCCAUGAUGGACUGCCUGUACGCCAAGUGCAACCCCAUCAUCACCGACUGCGUCAUGGCCGAGCUCGAGAAGCUGGGCCCCAAAUACCGCAUCGCCCUGCGGAUAGCCAGGGAUGAGCGCUGGACCAGGGUCAAGUGCGACCACAAGGGCGUCUACGCGGAUGACUGCAUCGUAGACCGCGUCGUCAAGCACCGCGUGUACAUCGUCGCCACAAACGACAAAGACCUCUGCAGGCGCAUACGCAAAGUCCCCGGUGUGCCCAUCAUGAACGUCGCCAGAGGAAAAUACGUCAUCGAGAGACUCCCAGACGCUCAUCAUUAACAUUAUAAAAAUCAAAACAAACAAAUAAAUGAAUAUCUGGGGGAAAGGGGAUGGGGGAGGUGGUGUGGAAAUCUCGAAUGCCUUUUUCAAAGUUGUCUGACGUGGCGGUUCGCUGGGUUUUUGGUGGUCUUCCAUAAAUCAUCAGGCAUUUUCAUGUGUUGCACGCUUUUCUUUUUAUUCUAUUUUUGGUCAGAAUGGCGUUCUAAAGCUUGGGAUCAAACGGGGAAAAUCAUCUGGUUUAAUCUACCAAGGAACAUAUAUCUCACAUUGAGUGCACACAGAUAUGUUGGCUGCACUGAAUGCAAACAUGUAUUUUGGGUGAUAUGGCCGACGUACAAGCUAGACCUGCACAACUUUACAAUGACUGGUUAUAUUAAUCACCACAGUCAUACUGAGCAAA